AUGGUGGAAGACAUGCCGCACAUUAAAUGGAUAUUCUUAGCUGAGGACGAUACUAUUCUGGGCGUGGGCGCGGCGCGGGAGCUCCGCUCGUGCGCGUGCGCGACGCGCGCCGCUCCCGACGACAUGGCGCUGGGCGCGUUCGCACGACGACGCAACGUCACGCUCGCGCACUCGCCGCACUUCCACCAGGUGCGUCAUGGAAUAGAAUAG